UUGCUGAAUAGAUAUCAUUGAGGUUGGCCACAAGUAGACCAUAUGUGAUUUGCUGUUUCAAGUGCAACAAUGGAAGCAGCUGAAAUAUCAAAGGAUUCAUCAGAUGACAACAGGAAGAAAGAAGCAAAGAGUGAUGUAGUCCCAUAUUACAAGCUUUUUGCCUUUGCUGACUCCAUUGACUUAUUACUAAUGGUCACUGGAACAAUUACUGCCAUUGGAAGUGGGCUCAGCAUGCCUCUUCAAACCUUAAUUUUUGGGGAGUUAAUUGACACAUUUGGAGGGACUACAGAUAAAACAGCCAUUGUUCAUCUAGUAUCCAAGGUAUCUCUCAAAUAUGUCUACUUGGCUCUGGGGGCUGGUGUUGCAGCCUUUGCUCAGGUGGUAUGCUGGAUGGUGACGGGUGAGAGGCAGGCUGCACGGAUCCGAAGUUUAUACUUGAAAACGAUACUGAGGCAAGAUGUGGGAUUUUUUGAUCAAGAAGGUAAGACGGGAGAAAUUGUUGAACGAAUGUCUGGUGAUACGGUUAUUAUUCAGGAUGCAAUGGGAGAAAAGGUUGGAAAAUUCAUACAAUUGACUUCAACUUUCUUUGGAGGGUUUGUGAUUGCUUUUUCAGAGGGAUGGCUUCUUGCCCUUGUUUUAUUAUCUUCAAUUCCUCUUCUUGUGAUAUCGGCUGCCUUUAUGACUGUCGUAAUGACAAAGCUAAUGUCGAGAGGCCAAGCGGCUUAUUCUGCUGGUGCUUCUGUAGUUGAACAAACAAUUAGCUCUAUCAGAACUGUUGCAUCAUUCACAGGGGAGAAAGAAGCCAUUGCAAAGUAUGAGAAGUCUCUUAGGAAUGCUUACAGGGCUGGGGUGCAAGAGGGUCUUGUUGCUGGAAUUGGGUCUGGUAUAUUUAUGAUGUGUGUAUUCUGUUGCUACUCUUUGGCCAUUUGGUUUGGUGGCAGAUUGAUUAUAGAAAAAGGAUACAGUGGAGGACAAGUUAUAAAUGUGAUGAUUGCUGUCUUGAUAAGCUCCUUUUCUUUAGGCCAGGCUUCACCAUGCUUGAGUGCAUUCGCCUCCGGAAGAGUUGCAGGUUUUAAAUUGUUCCAAGUAAUCGAUAGAAAGUCAGAGAUCGAUCCUUAUGACACCCGUGGUCGGAAACUAGAAGACAUUCAUGGUGAUAUCGAACUACGGGAUAUCACUUUUAGCUAUCCAGCUAGACCCCAGGAGAAAAUCUUUAACGGGUUUUCGCUCGCCAUACCAAGUGGCACAACCGCGGCUUUAGUUGGUCAAAGUGGAAGUGGGAAAUCGACGGUAAUCAGCCUGCUACAAAGAUUUUAUGAUCCUCAAAAAGGUGAAGUUGUUAUUGAUGACAUAAAUAUCAAAGAAUACCACCUGAGAUGGCUUAGAGGCAAGAUCGGUCUUGUUAGUCAAGAACCGGUUUUGUUCACUUCGACUAUUAGAGAUAAUAUCGCUUACGGGAAGGAUGAUGCAACACUCCAUGAAAUCAAAGCGGCUGCUGGGCUCGCCAACGCUACCAAAUUCAUCGACAAAUUCCCCCAGGGACUAGAUACAAUGGUGGGUGACCAUGGAACUCAUAUGUCUGGAGGACAAAAACAGAGAAUUGCAAUAGCCAGAGCAAUCUUGAAAGACCCAAGGAUUUUACUACUCGAUGAAGCUACGAGCGCUCUUGAUGCAGAAUCCGAGAGGGUCGUUCAAGAAGCACUCGAUAGAAUUAUGGUUAACCGAACAACGGUCAUUGUAGCCCAUCGCUUGACCACUAUUCAAAAUUCUGAUCUAAUCGCAGUUAUUCAUCAUGGGAAGAUUGUAGAGAAAGGUUCACACUCUGAGCUGUUACAAGAUCCUGAAGGUGCAUACUCCCAGCUUAUACGAUUACAAGAGCUUAACAAAGACUCAGAAAAACAAGAAGCCGAUAUCACUGUGACCGCUGCAAGUCGAGAAUCAUCUAAUGUUGGUAACAGUAAUCGCCAUUCAGUUUCAACCGCGGUCAGUAGUUAUUUUGAGGAAUUGAAACCUGAUCAAAAUCAACCAGAUUCUCACACAUCUUCAGAUGUCUCACUUCUUCGAUUGGCUUAUCUAAACAAGCCAGAAAUCCUGGUUAUAUUACUAGGUUCUAUAGCUGCUGUAGUUAAUGGUGCAAUUUUACCUAUAUUUGGGUAUCUUCUUUCAAACAUCAUAAAGAUAUUCUUUAAGCCCGCUGACGAGCUACGAAAGGAAUCAGACUUCUGGGCAUUGAUGCUUCUUGUACUUGGUUUCGCAAGUUUAAUAGCAACGCCAUUAAGGACAUACUUUUUUGGCGUAGCCGGGUGUAAGUUGAUACGAAGAAUACGAUUAAGAUGUUUUCAGAAAGUGGUUCAGAUGGAGAUAAGUUGGUUUGACAAGGCUGAAAAUGCAAGUGGUUUGAUUGGGGCAAAGUUGUCUGCAGAUGCAGCUUCUGUAAGAGGUUUGGUAGGGGAUACAGUUUCUUUACUUGUUCAGAACACGGCCACAGCCGUUGCCGGUUUGCUUAUCGCGUUUUUGGGAAACUGGCAGUUGGCUCUUAUAAUUCUAGUAAUGUUGCCAUUGAUAGGACUUAAUGGAUAUCUUCAGUUGAGAUUCAUUAGUGGAUUCAGUGCUGAUACAAAGAAACUAUAUGAAGAUGCAAGUCAAGUUGCAAGUGAUGCAGUAGGAAGCAUUAGAACAGUGGCUUCAUUUUGUGCUGAAGAGAAGGUCAUGAAGCUAUAUGAAAAGAAAUGUGAAAGCCCCCGAAGAGCCGGAAUCCAACAAGGUCUGGUUAGCGGUUUUGGUUUCGGGUUGUCCAUGUUUUUAUUAUUUGUAGUAUAUGCAACCAGCUUCUAUGUUGGAGCUCGUUUUGUCGCAGCCGGCAAGACUACGUUCCCUAAAGUUUUCCAGGUAUUCUUGGGGUUGAGUAUGGCAGCCAUGGGUGUUUCUCAAUCAGGAUCGUUUGUUCCGGAUUCUGGAAAAGCCAAGACCGCUACUGCUUCGGUUUUUGGUCUUCUUGACCAGAAAUCGAAAAUAGACUAUACGGACGAGUCUGGAACUACGUUACAAAACGUGAAGGGUGAUAUCGAGUUUAAUCAUGUCAAUUUUAAGUAUCCGUCUAGACCCGACAUUGAAAUCUUCAGGGACUUUUGCUUGACCAUUCCUUCUGGCAAGACUAUAGCUCUUGUUGGAGAAAGUGGAAGUGGAAAAUCAACUGUGGUUUCUCUUCUGCAAAGGUUCUAUGAUGUUGAUUUCGGUCGGAUAACGCUUGACGGAUUUGAUAUCCAAAAGCUAAACGUGAAGUGGUUAAGGCAACAGAUGGGUCUAGUGAGCCAAGAGCCCGUUUUGUUUAAUGACACAAUUCGUGCCAAUAUUGCGUAUGGAAAGGAGGGUAAUGCGACCGAAGCAGAAGUCUUGGCAGCAGCAGAACUAGCAAACGCCCAUAAAUUCGUUAGCGCCCUACACCAGGGGUAUGAUACAACCGUGGGGGAAAGAGGGAUCCAAUUGUCUGGAGGGCAAAAACAGCGAGUGGCUAUAGCAAGAGCGAUCAUAAAGGCUCCAAAGAUAUUGUUACUAGACGAGGCCACUAGUGCCCUCGAUGCCGAAUCUGAGAAAGUCGUACAAGAUGCACUUGACCGAGUUAUUUUACAGCAAACGACAGUGGUGGUGGCUCACAGGCUAUCCACGAUUCGGGGGGCAGAUGUUAUUGUGGUCGUAAAAAAUGGAAUGAUUGCAGAGAAAGGGAAGCAUGAGAAAUUGAUUAAUAUGAAAGACGGCAUCUAUGCAUCUUUAGUUGCAUUACAUACUAAUGCUUCCAACUGAUCUUACACUUGUCAUUCAAGCUUCCUUUUCCAUUUAAACUGUAGAUUGUUGUUUGAAUAAACACUCAAAGGCCAUCAAUGGAGAGCUAGUAUGAGUAUGGUUAAA